GGAGAUCUAUAUGACCGGUCACCACCACACGUCCUAGCACGAGCUCUACUGCCAUACAGGGGACGGCAAAACAUUCUUCUCUUGCCUCAGCACAUCUUGUUUAUUCGCAAUCCCUUGAACAGCUGCAACCUCAAACACCAUGAGAAAGGAGAUCAUCAUCCGGAUGCAGCCGGGCUCGGACAAAUACCACAAGAGAGCUCUGAAGGUGGCCGCUGCCAUCAGCGGAGUGGUGUCGAUCACGGUGGCCGGCAGGGACAGGGAUCUGCUGGUGGUCAUCGGCGACGGCGUGGACGAGAGCGAUCUGACUAAGAAACUGAAGAAGGAGGUCGGGGAGGCCGAGAUAGUGCAGCUGCGGACGCUACACGAAGGCACCUCGGCGUCAGGGUAUCUGCCGGGCACGUCCAGGGACGUCGUCGGCGGACAGUCCCGGUCGCCGUACCACCUGCAUCCCAUGAACACUCCCGGCCACGUCGCAUACCCGGUCUACGCGCCGUCGCCGGCGGCCAAUCCCGGCGCUGCACGGUGGUCGGGAGACCAGAGGCAUGCGGAGGCGGGAUACUAUCCUAGCGCGUCCAGCCCGUCCUUCUACCACGCGUCGCCCGCGGCCGGGCACGGCGGGUACGGGGGCAGCAGCUAUGCAAGCGCGGUGGCGCGCAGCCACCCGGCGAACUACUCCCCGAUGAUCGAGCGGCACCGGCACGACGACGGGAGCUGGCGUCGGCACCACGGCGGGGGAAAGCCCAGCUGCUGCUCGAUACAGUAGCAGCUGUUUCCAUCGCAGUGCCAAUGUUUGCGGUUUCAAGUAGUAUUUCAAAUGAACCAACAUGUGGCACUACGAUGGAAACAUUGGCACUACAUUAUGGUGCGGCAAAUUUGAUAAAUUUGACCUAUAGACGCAAUUAAAUCACAAAAUAAAU